UGAGGGUUGAGGUCGUGCGAGAAAAUCGCUUCAGUAUCGUGUUUUUGCGAUCGCUUGCUUUGUCUGCUUGAUGUCGAUGAUCGAAAUGUACGUACUUCGUACUUUUUGAUUUUGCAGUAAACUCAUGCUGCUUUUACGAUCUUUGUCUCUGAUCAACCUCAGUGCCAUAUUUGCUGGUGGGAUGAUCGUCAUCGUGUGCUCGUUUUCUGUUGUUUGCAUCUUUAGAUCACAUAGUUGCGUACUCGCGAAAGUGCGGUAGCUUUCGUCCGGCAGAUUAAGUAUGGUUGCUGAGGCCAAAGUAAAAUCAGCCGGCUCCUCCGCCCGGGAGCAGGUGCUUCAGUUUCUCUUGGCGUGUGGCAAGGGCGACAUCCGGGCGGUAAAGGCAAAAGUGGAACAAGAUUCCUCGUUCCUGUACGCGUUACAUCCGGACUCUCGGCAGUCUGGUUUGACGCUCGCCUGCCUUCGUGGCCAUGAAGAGCUGUAUGAAUGUUUGUCCAAGGGGCUGCAUGAGCUCUCUGCCGUGCAACACGUACUCGACGUCGUUGACAGCAGCGGAUCAACACCGUUGCUAAAUGCCACGCACUCCUGCAAUGUGCGUAUCGUGCGCUCCCUGCUCGAUCUCGGCGCUGAUAUUUCGCUGCGGGCCACUAACCGUCGGAACAUCGCCCACAUUGCCUGCACAAAAAAAGAUGGUACUUUACUUAGCUCAUGAUCAAAAAUAUCGAUGGUUUCCAGUCUGGACCAUGAUCAUUCAACUAGGAGUAACUGCAGCACGAGGAGACUACAAAUGACUCACUGACUAGACAAGACAAGUUUGAAUCAAACUUGUUUCGCUUCUGGAUCUCAUCACAGGUAUUCAGCUUCUCCAGCUGUUCGCUCGGCGGAACGUAUUGGGCAAGCUUCUCGAGGAAGAGGACUUGUGGGGUGUUACGCCGCUGCAGCUUGCGCACAACAAACGCCAUUUGGACCAGAUCGAGUUCUUUACUUUUUUGAAAGACUGAAGCAUGCUUGUUUGUUAAUAUUCUUGCAUAGAUUUAGAUAUUUAUUACAGAACUUGUUAUGCUCGAAAGGCAUGGCGACACUUGAACGGUCAUCAAUUUGUGAACACCAUUGCGAGGGGAAGGGACAGACACCAACGUAUUUCAACAGCUUUCUCGAGCGGCACAUUUACAUGGCUCUGCAGGGCGGCCCUGGCGUGGCGGAUUUUUAUGCGCACGGCGGGUCGAGCUCAAGCGAGGAUGAGCCAUUGCCCCGUCGGCCGCAGUUUUUGCUGCCUCGUCUGAUGUCCGACCACCAGGCGGAGAACCGGUUCCCCAAUUUGACGCAGACCAUUUUGCAGCAGCACUUGCAGCAGGGACCCUUUUCGCAGCGGACGCGUGGAGGAGCCGUCCGAAAGUCGCACCCGCAGCAGCAGUUUCUGUCCCGAAGCCACAUGUCCUCGAGCCCUGAGGCGUUGUCCCAGGGGUCGCAGGAGUUCCACCUACAACACGAAGAACCGCAGGCCAGAAGCCCCGGAGCGCAGAGUUCCGGGACCCGGCAGGAUGCUGGCGGCGCGUCGCAGCACAUUGCGGUGGUGGAUCAGAACGAAACCGCACCGCUCGGCAGUCCCGAGGCGCCGCCUCCGGACGCUUCGCCACCAGUCGGUCCGCCCCGAGCGCCGCGGCAGGAAAAGCUGCACUACGUGCAGAUCUUUGCGCGGGAGGAAACAGUACGUGAUUAUGCAUAUGAUCGCUUUAAUAGCCUCUUCUAUCAGAGUAUGUUUUCUAUGUUGAAAAGGAAUAACCAGUCCGUGAGGAAGGGACCUUAGAGUUGGCAUAUUUUCAGUGCUAGAGUGAUUUUUUACUCCUCAUCAAGUAUGUUGCUUAUGAGUUUUUGUCGUCUACUGCUGCACGUCAUGAUUGUGAUUCCCGCAAUUUAUUAUAGCAGUUUCUCUCGCAGGAGCCACGAGCAUAAGUGAUUGAGAUAUAACCGAAUGAGUUUCGCAAAAAUCCACCAGGACGGCAAGAAUAUGAAGUCGUCUGCGAGCUCAAACUUCUUGAAGCGCCCCGGAUCGGGAUCGCGGUCACCCAGCGGAGGGUCGCGUAUGCGUUCACCGUCCCCAACCCUCCGCUUGGCUGCAUCUCCUGCGCCGGGCGAAACCACCGAUCUGGUGGAACAAAGUGAGCAUCAGCCCGUCAUGAAGAGUCGGUACUUGCUUCUCAACGCUCCGAAUGACGUACAAAGCGCGAAAAAGGGCAAGGUUUGGACCGGGCGGACGGCGCGACCUUCGGGGAGCCGCUCGUACCAACGGCGAGCGCGUCAGACCCCUGAGCCGGCUAAGGGAACUUUGUUCAGCACGAAAAAAACGCCGCCCCUAACCGCGCAUGCACUGGAGCCCAGCGGAAGCCGACCGGGCACCGCUGGGCGGAUACGGGGAGAACAUCAAGCUGAUGUUCCUGCGGCGGAGCCAGCAGGCGCAGGAGGUACUUUGAACGGUCAGCAAAGCAGUUCGGAUGGCGCGAUUGUGCAAGACGAUGCAGUAGCAUCGCCGAAUAAACGGGUAGCAGUUCCGGAGCUACCAAGAGACGGCGUACAGGGUCAGGGAAUGCUCAACCCAAGUCCGCAAGCUAGGGGGACCACCGGCAAAGCGCCGCCUCACGCUGGGUCCUCGUCGUCCUCCAGUAAGGCUCCAGCUCGCUCCGCUGUCGCUCCGGAGACGCUGGCGAAGCAGGUCCCACCCGCGCUCGUCAUGCCGAUGCACGAGUUUGAGCUUAUCAAGCCCGCCGCAGGCAACAAGAGCAAACCUCGCAAGUUGCCGCGAACCGCCAGCGGCUUGCGGGCUGACCGCCUGCAGAUGCAGAUGCAGUACCAAAAAAGUCGGCCCCACACGGGCACGAGCUCAGCUUCCGGACGAUUCAUCCGUUUUAUGGACAGCAAUUUUACUGAGAAUGUGGUCAACCUCUCUCCGACGUGCUCGCCACCCGCGCCGCCUCCGCGAGAUCUCAUCCGAAAUUUUCCCGAGGACGUGGCGGCUUUCUUGAAGACACCGCAGGCGGGCGAAAUUCCGGUUUACAGUCCGAGCCCGCCACGGAGCGCGCGCGGGAGCAAAUUAUCCGUGGAUUACUCUAGGAGCAUGGCUCUUCUCAGAGGACCCGGCGGGGUCAGUGGGGGAAGCAAGCAGGUGCCGGAGGCGUCUCGGAGCGAUGGUGGAACUACGAGUUCUCCCAGCCCCGCCGGGUCGCCAGUCGUGCGCAGUCGACCCGUGAACUGGCACAUGAAUUCCUACAUUAUGGAGCAGGAAGAGCGAGCUUCUCUGCAGAGACGCCAGAAGGAGCGACGAGCUGCUUCCCCAACUGGUCAUCAGCACGGAGGCACGUCGCCGAAUAAUUCUCCAAAAGCAGACGGCAGAAUGGAGAAUGCGUCCCUGUCUCCGCCGUCUUCGCCGCUGGGCAUUUCGAGGCGCGACAAUCUUUUUUCCAAUGCAGCGAUUCAAAUUUCAAACACAGCAAAGUUGGUGACAUCCAAAUUUCCCGGCGACCUGUCAGAGCGUCCACAAAACCGCAUGAAGCCUGGACGCACCAUAAGUGCGCACAGUCGAGAGAGACACCGAUCGACCGGCGCGGACAACUUCUCGCUCGCGCCCCUGCCUUCUCCGCGGAGAAACGCGGACGGGAUGCCCGAUUCUCCGAAAGACAAUGUAAUAGUGAGAUCGCCGCGCGGCCCUCACUCCCCGGAGGCUGGUUUCGCCGCCGGGACGGUGGGUCUCGUGCGGACGCAGCAGGAGCUCGCAGAGCUGCCGGUUGUGUCGGAAGUGCUCGGUAGGGUUCACGAAAUACGAGAUCACGGACCCUCACUAGCAGCGAGUAUGGAAAGGCUGCGCGCGCUCGAGUCCUCCGAACAGGCGCCCCCGCACCUGGACGCGAAAUUGCUUGCCGCCCUGCGGCGCCGGGCGCUGACGGUUGCGCCGCUAACGCCCGACUACGUCGGCCUGAGGCAGGACGAACCCGCGCGCCGGCCCGUCCUGAGUAGAGGCGAGCACGACCCCGGGGUGCAGGGAGCAACGGGAUCCACGAGCAGUCCCUCGAGCCGCCCAAGAAGUGCAGUUUCCGCCACGGGAAAGAGUGCAGGAGGUGGCGCGAAACAGACAUCCACCUCGGCAAGCGCGACUUCGCUUCUCGUACCACCCGUACCGGACGCCGCGGUGAAAGGUGCCGGCUUCUUGAUGGCGAAGGCUCCCGCUCGGAACACUCUCUCCCUCCCCGAGGGGCUCGAGGCGCCGUUCAUGGCGGCCGGGAGAAACAAUCCGACAAACCGAGAUUCGGGUUUGCCGCACCAUCGCAACACCCACGCCUCUGGCCGAAGUAAAGCCAACAAAGCCGGAGUCCCUCCCCACCUAAAUCGCCUCGGCAUGGGACGACCACGGACAACGCCGGGGCACGUCACCGGGGCGCCUCUCCAUCUGCAGCCUGUUACUGCCCCCGAGAAGGCGUUGAAGUCGCGUACUAACAUACAUUUUUGUUUUGCAAUCAUCUUGUUCAAUAUUAACUCGGUUCACUCACACCGCAGCGUUUUGGUUUUGUUUAGAUCGACGUCAUAUGGUUACGCGCCAAUGAAUGCAGUUCCCGACAUGUCGUGCCCCCUUGCACUGAUCCUUUAGCCGAGCGCGAGAGCCUACAAACAGCCAAGCCAAGUCAUGCUGCAGUUUUCUGAUUUUAUCGUGAUUCUGCAUGGAAGAAAAAAGAAAAACAUUUUGAAACUAACAGUCAUGGCGACCCGCCGAUUGGUAGCUGACAAACAAGUUGGGCUCUCCUUCGAAGAUGUGUACGUUACCAGGCAUCCUUUCGUGAUAGAACGAGAAGGUCCUCCAGGUGAGCGAGGAGGACACGAACGGAACAACCUGGCACGUACCACUGCGAACCGUCUGGACGUGUCAUUGCCAGGCUUGCUGGGUGGAUCUCUUACCUCUGUUGAGACGCCCGAAGAAGUAUCGUUGGCAGACUACUAAGUCGCCGGUGCACCGGCGCGAAAAAUUAUAUGUAUGGUUGCGAUGUAAAUGUAUAACGUAGAAGUAGUGAUGGAGCAGCAGUAUGGUUUUCUUACUUAAGCUUCAACUGCGAGGACAGCAGCUACUAAUAUGUUUCUAGUUUCGGUUUCAUCUUGAGAUUGAUAGACUUACGUCAUUGUCAAAUGCGGUUUCACUUUCAAUGAGCAAUUUGCUUCGUUUCUAGUUUCACUUUCGACAGGAACAUGCAAGGUUGAGAAACAAAAAAAAUUUUGUGCCCAUUGUAUCAAAACUUCACAGCAGAGCUCACGCUGCAGAAUAACUGUACUCGUUUGUAUUGAACAGCCAAUUUUUAUUGUUUUUUUAGUCCGCAGCACCUGUUGCUGUUGCAGACUUUGUGAACAACAAAUGAACACAACGCAAGGUGGGAGUGUCAGGGCUUCGCGGCAAUGAAAGAACAACGUAAGAAAUGAACCUCUUUGAUAGAUUUUCAAUGUACCAAUAAUAAGGCAGUGAAUGACGAC